AUGACUGUCGACAACCUCAUAUUGGCCGCGCUCGUGUCGGAGUUCACGGCGACGGCGACGGCGUACAUCAAAAAAUUCGACAAUCUAGGCAGAGACCACAGCGGAGCUCCGCAGCGAAAUGUCGUGAGCCAUGUGGCCUUUGUGUCGCGCAGUCUGCGCGUGCUGAGACAGGAGCAAGCCUGCUUGGUUUGCUUCCGUGGCUUGGAAAAUCCGCUCGACUACUGGCGCGAGACUAUGGGGCACUGGGGAAACCGGCUUCCCGUUCUGCGGGAGUGUGUGAUCCUGAUGUUGUGCGUUUUCGAAUCCACUGGGAUUUUGGAGCAGAAUUUGGCCGCAUAUCGUGCUGUCUCUUCUGGACAACGACAGAACUCAACUCCGGCUACUUUGAAGACAAUUUUGAAGGUGUUGCUCGACGUGGACGACGUUGUCAAAUUCAACGACCGGGAUCAGACAUACAGUCUCACGAAAUUCGGGAUGGAUGCUUUCAACUUGUACCGCACAAUGUUCGGGGCUGGCAAGAAUGUGGCCCAGCACAACCUGCCUCAGCGCACGACCCGGCGCUUCUUGUCCGCGACCGGGCUUGCUGCGUUUACGCGAUUGCAAUCGGAGCAGAAGAAGACCACGACGGCCGCCGUAGUUUCCGAGGAUGAAGCAAGGCACUUGAAGCGCCUUGUUGAAGAGUCUACAGACCUGCGCGCCACAAAGAAGCAGAGGACCAUGUCAGAAAUGCUGGCCAACAAAGUUGCAACUAAGGUUAGCCUGUUGUCUCCUGAUGCAUUUGCUGCAGAUGGGAGAGCAAAGCUGGAGAAGCUCUUAGCAGAAGAGAAAAGUCGGGUUUCCAAGCUCAGUGAUAUGCAGGUUCGAGAUCUUGAUUCCUCGGAACCAAUGGAUGCCAGCGGUGGCGUGGCCGUGUGUGUGAUCUCAAAAGGUGAGGUGAGCAACGCUAACGACAUCAUAAAGGCAUGUGCGAAACAGCUUCAUCGGCUUGGAGGCCUCAAAGUUCUCCACCUUACUUCCAGCAACUUAGUGGCGCGCAUUCUUGAAGCGAAGUUCGUGGUUUGGGUGGCUACGUCAAAGGAAGCGGAAGCAUCUCUCAUUGUGCAGGGGAAGGAGUGCCAAACAGGCCCCUUGGAUGUAAGCUCGAUCCUUUGUAGGCUUCUGGGGGGCUACGUGGCCGGACCUGCGUGGCUUCAGAAAUCUUCAUCCAGAGGACGCCUCCUGAAACCCGUUUUGCAGCUCACCGCCUCCGCCAACACAGAGCUUCAGGUCGGUUUUGAUGCGACAGUUCCGACCCGCGAAACCAUCUUGAGGCUCCUUGCGGCCAUCGAAUCGCACCCCAAGGGCUACCGCAAAUGGGUUAUCAGGGCAAACCGAAGCGAUCUGCCGCGGGCUUAG